AUGCGGGGACUGAUGGGCAGCAGCUGGAGGACGUUUGGCCACGCUGGCAGGGGGACAUACGAGUGGUUAACCAGUGAGCCGAGCCUACCUCUUCCGGAAACCGAGCUGCAGGGCGUCCAGAAGAUAAGUUCCAUCAAAGAAGAUGUAGAGCCCUUCCUGUGCAUCCUUCUUCCAGCCACCGUCCUGCUCUUCCUGGCCUUUCUGCUACUUUUCCUCUAUCACCACUGCCAGGCCUCUCGGCCGCAGGGGCAGGUGUCCAGCCUCGACCUCCCAGAGCACCCGCCUGUGGGAGAGGUGACAGACUUCCUGCCAGGCUUACCCUGCAGCAGCGAGCAGACCGUUCCUUACUCCCCACUGCCCAGGGAGGCUGCCCUCCUCUCGUGUUCACCUCCCUCCUAUGAAGAGGCCACCAGGAAUGCCCCUGGGGAAGAGGCUGGAUGCAGACCUUCAGUAUAA